AUGGCAUCUACGUUGGAGAAGUUUAUUCAUUCUUUGGAUCCCAGAGCCCUUCCAAGGGUCCUCCAAAUCCAGUCAGGAAUCUAUUUCCAAGGCUCCAUCUAUGAAAUGUUUGGAAAUGAAUGCUGCCUGUCAACAGGAGAAGUGAUUAAAGUUAUUGGAUUCAAAAUUAAUAAGCUCAUAGCAAGUAUCUGUGAGAAUAAUGAAGACAGCCAGAUUUCAGCCAAAGUGGAAUUACCACUGAAUUUUCCUGGUCUUUAUAAGGUUGUAGCUGAUAAAACUCCGUACCUCAGCAUUGAAGAAAUUACACGAAAAGUCUCUAUUGGGCCAACACGAUUUGGUCAUCCAUCUUUCUACUGCACUGAGGAUAUAAAAUUGGCAAACCUCACCAUCAAACGUGGUGAGCACAUCACCUUCARCUCUCUGGAGGAGGUCAAUGGAACAAUGGCAGUGAACUGUGGCGUGGUCAGAAAUAACCUGUCCCACUCCUUUACUUUGCCCCUUUCGCAAGAAGGAAAAUUCUAUGAAUGUGAAGAUGACCAGAUAUACACCCUGAAAGAGAUUGCAGAAUGGAAAAUUCCUAAGAGCAGAAACCGGACUGUGAAACUUUCCAAUACUUUACGCGUGUGGGACUCCUCUAACCCACUUCCUGAGAAUUUUGGUGGCUACUUGAUUCUCACGCCUGUCUAUGAAGUAAAGGCAGUAAUGAAAUUUCGAAAGGAUAUAGUCCAUAUCCUCUCAGAUCUGGAUGUUGAAGUCAAAGAUAUAACAGACUGUUAUGAUAUUAGCGCUUUUCUUCAGCCACUGUCUUUGGAAGAUGUAUUUGAGAGAACAAGCAAGGAAUUUCCUAUGGUUGCUGAGAUAAUGGAAGGGCCCCAAGGAAGCCAGAAGCCUUAUAAUUUAUUGUAUACGGGGAAAGAGAUUGUCAUCCACAAAAAGUAUCAGGCAAAAAGAGUCCUCGCUUCUGAGAUCAGAAGUGAUUCCCCAAAAAGAUAUUUUUUAAUCCCUAUGAGCUACAAAGGAAAGUUCAAGAGAAGACCUCGGAAUUUUCCGACUGCCUAUGACUUAGAGAUAGCAAGAAGUGAAAAAGAGCAUCUCCACGUUGUAGCAACUAAAGCCUUUGAUUCUCCCCAUAAAGAGCUCUUUUCUGUUUCUGUUGGAGAUCAGUUUCUAGUUCAUCAGUGUCAGACUAGUGAAGUUCUGUAUGAGGGAAGAAAGGAAGUUGUAGAUGUUUUAGCUUGUGAACAAAUACUAAGCAAUACUUAUAAGAAGGUGCUUCUCCCUAUGUAUAUGGAAGGCGGUUUUGUAGAAGUGAUCUAUGACAAGAAACAGUACCAGCUUUCGGAGAUUUGCACUAAAUUCCGCCUGCCUUUUAACGUCAAGGUGUCUGUGAGGGAUCUUUCCAUCGGGGAUGAUGUCUUGGCUGCUGUGCCUGGUCUGCAGCUUGAAGAAGAAAUCACAGAUUCAUACUUGUUGGUCAGUAGUGUCAGCAGACCAGGGGACAGCUGGGAGAUCCCUGUGUAUCGCCUAAGCAUGUCAGUCCAUUUGCUUGGCAAAGAUGUCCAAACGGUUGUACCCGCUGCCAGUAGGACAACAGUGGAGGAGAUCAGCGAAGAGCAAUACUAUAUGGUGCGAAGAUAUGAAAACCAAACCCUAUAUCCACCACCCAGGCCUCCCAAAAAGCCAGCAACACUCGCAUCCAAGCCCCUUCUUGCAGUACCUGUGCAAGCGGUAUCUGGUGUACUGAGGGACCCAAAGAAUUUCUGUGAAGACACCACCAAGAAAUUCUGCUCAAAUCAAGCCGCUGAUGUUUCGGAUUUACAAGUUAGUUGUCAGAAUGAUUUGAUGCACCAUGAGAAAGAAAGGGAUGUGACUAGGACAGCUACAUUAGUGGAAGCCAAUGUGAUUAAAGGUCAUCAAAGGAAUCCAGAAAGAGAAAAGGAACAAAAAGAAGAGCAUACCAAUGACUAUGUGGAUGAAAAYAUAAUUGAAAACAUAAGAAAAGCAUUUCAAGACACUGCAAUUCAAAAUAAGCAUAGUCUAGCAAAGGGCCACAGAGAUGUUUAA